AUGAGUGGCAAAUUUACGCUCGCGGAUCAAUUUCCCGAGUCGACCACAUCAGAAUUGUCACCUAUUGGAACUGCCGUGGCUUCGGAGAUAAGGCACCCAAAAGCCUCCCAAGGAAGUAGCAAUUUGGACGGCCAAGGCGAGGAAGACGACCUUUUCUUGGGCCAGAAUAACAGCACUAUCAACACCUCGACACAUAAAUAUGGCAUAGUUGAGAGCACCAAUCUGGAUGGCGAACAAUAUAGACGUUCACGAGGCCUUAUUAUCCAGACUAAUGCAGAGAGUGGAACUGUUCUGCCUCAGAUCGACGAAACAGAGCAGACAGAAGCACUGAAAGAGAAACCUGUGACAUGGCUUUCGCUACCCAGGAAGGACCAACUCGCUGUAUUGACCAUCGCGCGCCUCAGUGAACCUCUCACCCAGACUUCGCUUGGGUCAUACAUCUUCUACCAACUCCGGUCGUUUGAUUCUAGCUUGCCGGAUUCAACCAUUGCUUACCAGGCUGGAAUUCUACAUGCAGCGUUUCCUGGUGCGCAGUUCUUGACCGCAAUUGCUUGGGGACGCUUUGCGGACGCUGCGUAUGGAGGUCGGAAGCGUGCCAUUUCGAUUGGCUUACUGGGCACGAUGAUUUCUAUCAUAGGAUUCGGGUUCUCUCACAGCUUCGCAAUGGCACUCUUCUUUCGCUGCCUCGGUGGAGUGUUAAAUGGGAACGUGGGAGUCAUGAGGACAAUGAUCUCCGAGAUCAUCAAAGAAAAAAAAUAUCAAAGCAGAGCAUUUCUUCUAUUGCCUAUGACCUUCAAUAUUGGUGUCAUCAUAGGGCCAAUCCUGGGUGGCAUAUUGGCCGAUCCGGUCGGUAGCUAUCCGUCUCUCUUUGGAUCUGGCUCACUGCUUGGUGGCAAAACAGGCGUCAAAUGGAUGAUCAAUUCGCCAUAUGCUUUACCGAAUUUGAUGAGUGCUCUCUUUCUCUUCAUGGCUGCUAUCGGUAUCGUUCUGUUUCUCGAAGAAACCAGCGAGAUUUGCAAAGACAAACCAGACCCAGGCCUACGCAUAGGACGCUGGAUCCAGCGCAGGAUUUUCCGGCAGAGGUCCACAGGGGAUCACGCGUAUACCGCCAUUCCGGGAGACGAGUUUACUGCAGCGUCUGCUGUUGAGAUGCAAGCUACCCCCACAUCCGCACAUCCGGUUCUAGGAUCUCCCCGAACCAAACUGGCCUUUCGGCGGAUGUGGACACCUAAUGUGCUUGUUACUCUGCUCUCUCACGGGUUGAUGGCCAUGCAUGUUGGAACUUUCAAUCCUCUCUGGUUUACCUACCUUUCCGCUCCGCGAUACGACCCUGAACACCCGAAUCCGCCUGGUUUCAAACCUCGCGGCUUACACUUCACUGGCGGCAUGGCGCUUUCGCCUCCUCGUAUCGGCUUAGCUCUUUCGAUCCUAGGUGUCAUCGGUAUAACUCUACAGCUUUUCCUGUAUCCAGGACUUAGCACCCGGCUAGGUACAGCACGUAGUUAUCGGAUUUUCCUUACGUUGUUCCCUGUUGCCUAUUUCAUUGCACCCGCCCUGAGUCUUGUACCCAGCACGUCCAAGCCUCCAGCAGGCGUGUCCGGCCCACUCAUCUGGGUAGCGAUAACUGUCGUACUGUUCGUCCAGGUCCUGGCUCGAACAUUCGCCUUGCCAUGCACUGCGAUUCUCAUCAACAAUUGCUGUCCGCACCCAUCAGUUCUAGGCACAAUGCAUGGUAUUGGUCAGUCGGUGUCCAGCUUCACGAGGACGUUCGGUCCUAUCGUGUUCGGCUGGUUGUUUGGGAAAGGUCUAGAUAUUGGCGUCGUCGCAUUGGGAUGGUGGGGCCUCGCGUGUGUGGCUGUCAUUGGGAGCAUAGCGGCACAAUUUGUAAGAGAAGGAGAUGGGCAUGAGAUCUUGCUUGAAGGGGAGGUACGGGGCGAGGACGGGUUGGUGCGACGCGUCAAAUAA